AUGGCUCUGAACCCUCCAGCAGAUAGACAAGAGAUCGUAAAAAGAGGCCCGCUCUGUGGAGAUCCUCGUCGCGGCGAGAAAGAGGACGCCUUAGCUCCACUUCAUACCCGUCAGCUUGUACAUCAGCUUCAUCAGGACCUGCGUCCUAAUCUCAAUGAUCAGCAUCCUCUCCGUGAUCGAGUGCUUGCUGUCGUGCCCGACUUCACGAUCGAAGUAUGUUCCGUGUUGGGCCAGCUCUAUGCUCAUACACCGCAGAUCGCCGUACCUGCCGAGACUAUGGCACACAAAGACGCCGGCAUCGACUGGGAGGCGGAGUUUCAAUACCUCAACGGCGCCGCUCACAAGCGUGCGCCAGUGGUCGCGUGA